AUGAAAUAUUAUCUCUUAUUAUACAUAGGUUUAUAUUUCCUAUAUCAAACAGAAUCAACCAUAGGUCCCGGUGAUCGUAAAUUUUCAUCACGAACUUCUGAAAACAUUGUUCAUUCUUCAUCUUCUUCUGAUCAUUCUAAAUCAUCUGUACGCUCUUCUACAAUACCAAAAGAAUCCUUUCCACCAUCUGAAAUACAUGUUUUACAACGUAAUUUAUUACAAGAAAAUAUCAAUCCUAAAAUAAUUCUUGAAAAUUAUCAAUCAUAUUGUUAUACUUGUGUUAAUACUCGACAAUUUACUUAUCCAACUUUAAUUUUUAUAACUCCAUGGAAUAAUCAUGGUUAUGAUCUUGUAAAAAUUUUUACACAAAAAUUUGAUUAUAUUUCUCCAGUUUGGUUUAGUAUAAAACGAAUAGAUAUUGAAAAAUAUUCAAUUGAAGGUAUACAUGAUAUUGAUAUAAAAUGGAUUGAAACAUUAAAAGAAAAAUAUCCUGAUAUACGUAUUGUACCUCGAGUUAUAUUUGAAGAAUGGUCUGUUGAUAAUAUUCAUGUAUUAUUUCAAUCUGAAGAUGAAAAACAACAAUUAUCAUUAACAUUGAAAAAUUUUCUUAUUGAAUAUAAUCAUUUAUUUGAUGGUUAUGUUCUUGAAUUAUUUGCACAAUUUAGUAGUUCAUCAAAAGCAGAUCUUCAUCAUAUUAUUAUUGAUAUUGCUGAACGUAUACAUGAAAUAGAUAAUAAUACAACAAAGAAAAAAGAAGUUAUUUUAACUGUACCACCAUUGGAAGAGUAUUUUGAUAAUUAUGAUUUUCAAACAUUAUCUGAACAUUUAGAUGGAUUUAUUGUUAUGACAUAUGAUUUCCCAAACAAAGAAAUAGGACCAGUUUCUCCAUUGGAAUGGAUAAAGGAAAUCAUGAAUAGAUUCCUAACAUCAGAAGUUCGUAGUUCCAUCAAAAUAUUUCUUAGUCUAAAUUUUUAUGGUUAUCGUUAUGAUCGUAUUAUUCCAACACCACCAAAAGAUCAACGACAAUAUCAUAUAAAAUCUAUUCUUGGUCAAGAUUAUAUUGAAUUUCUUAAACAAUAUUAUACAACAUCAGUGAUUAUUUUCGAUAAUCGUGCACAUGAACAUAUUACUCUUGUAUAUGAUUAUUCUAUGAAUGAUCAUCAUGAACAAGAAACAUCUAAACCAAUUAUAAUUAUAUUUUAUCCAAGUUUAAUAUCAAUUUAUGAUCGAUUACAAUUAGCAACAAAACUUCAUGUGGGAGCAGCUAUUUGGGAUGGUGGUCAAGGACUUGAUUAUUUCUUUGAUUUAUUUUAA